AUGUCUCAAAUCAUCAGCAAUGCUUCGUCUUUCAAUUAUCCGGAUGAAAGUAUCCAACGCACGGAGCAAGCAUCAAGCUCAAAUGCUGUUACAGUUUGCAAAGCCGCAAAGAAGCCCGUAAGUGCACAAGUUUCACAAGGUUGUCAAAAGAAAUACUGCCAACCUUGCAGAAGUUGUGGUGCAAAUCAUGAAACUGUGAGUUCGCUUACUGACUUUUUAAUUGGAGCCCAUGAAGUCAACAAGGAACUAUUGAUUUAUUUUAAAAACGAGGAAUUAUCAUUAAAAAAAUUUGCUGAAAAUAAUCGACGAUUGUUUGGUACGCUCAUUGAAUUUAUCAAUUCAUUCGAAGGUACUCGUGAUUAUUUAAAAGCUAUCGGUCAACUCGAUUCAGCAUCCGUCAAUAAACAUAAUGAAUUGUUAUUAUUUGACGCUUGUCGAGAUUUUUGGUUAUCCAAAUAUAAAAUAAUAUUAAAAGAAAUACCACCAUCAGCAACGAAAGAAAAAGUUGAUGAGGCUCCUCUAAGCUUAAAUUCAAUCAAAUAUUUAAUAACCAAUCUAAUUCGAAUGCAGCGAACUACCGAGAGCGAUUAUAAAUUUUCGAAAGGACAACUAGAAAAUUUUUCAUUGAAAAAAGAGUAUGCACCAAGACUUCAGAUGUUGUUACCUUGGUUGUCUAAUUCAAGUAUCCUUCAAAAUCUUAUGGAACUUGAUGAUAGUAGUACUGAUAAGAAAAUGUUUCGUCAAAUCAAAAAUGGUACUUAUAUAAAAUUAUAUAUUGACAAUAUUUUGGGUUUAUUAUUGGACGCAAAAGAUAUUCAAAAUGAUACAGGUGCUUCAAAAGAAAUAAUUAUGAUAUUGAUAAUCUAUGUACGUAACAUCAAUCAAGAUGAUGCAGGUUUUGCAAAUCUAUUCACAUUAUUAACAACAUGA